CGAACAACCAUUUUUUACAAACUUUUGCAAAAAGUUCGAAAGGUCUAACCGAUGAAGAAGUUGACAAGUUUGAUUGGAUUUCUCUAAAACAAGAAAUGGAUGCAGCCCUACCUACUGAAACUCAAUCACAAAAAUUAGCAAGAAAAUUUAAAGAGAAUCCUUUUGUACCUGUAGGUUGUCUGGCAACUACUAUGGCAUUGGGCUAUGGAUUGUGGUGUUUUAGAACUGGUCAGAAAAAGAUGUCUCAGUACAUGAUGAGGACUAGAAUAGCAGCUCAAGGUUUUACAAUAAUAGCUAUGAUUACAGGAGUAAGCAUUGCUGCUAGAAAAACAUUAGAGCAAAAGAAGGAACAUUAGUUUGUUUUAUGUUAUGUAGUUUUAAACUGUAAAUAUUUGUUGACCGAAAUUGUAUAUAUUUUGUUAGUUAAUAUCAAAAUACAUGAUAGUGAUAAUAAAAACUGUAAAACAAAAAAACUUUAAAUAUACUUAUCAGAUAUUAUAAUUUUGUUCUCUC